AUGGAGGACGGUCACUCCCUCUUCGACUACAGCGUGGGGCUGAACGACAUCGUUCAGCUCUUGGUCAGACAAAGCCCAGCAGUGCUUCCUGCUGUUAGCAAGGAGAAGGAUCCCGAGCUCUCCGACACAGACUCUGGCUGUGGCUCGGGCCAGAGCGAAUCUGACAAAAGCUCUCACAAUGGGGAGGGUGCCCUGGAGCUGGAGGGACAGCCCAGCACGGCAGCACAGCCCCCCUGGACCGACCCGGGCUUCGGCCUCUACAAGAUCAACGACUUGGUUGAUGCCCGAGACACGAAUAUGGGAGCGUGGUUUGAAGCCCAGGUUGUAAAUGUAAGCAGAAAAAAGCCCCCGAGUGACUCAGCUGCCCGUUGUACAGAUCCUGAGCAGCCCACAGCCAUCCCUGAGGAAGAUGUGAUCUAUCAUGUGAAAUAUGAAGAUUAUCCAGAGAAUGGAGUUGUACAAUUGAGUUCAAGUGAUGUGCGAGCUCGUGCACGGACUAUUUUGAAGUGGCACCAGCUAGAAGUAGGUCAGGUGGUGAUGGUCAACUACAACCCUGAUGAACCAAAGGAGAGAGGGUUUUGGUACGACGCAGAGAUCCUGCAGAAAAGGGAAACGAAAAUGAUCAGGGAGAUAAAUGCAAGGAUCUUACUUGGGGAGGCUGGGGACUCGUUGAACGACUGCACCAUUACAUUAGUGGAUGAAAUUUAUAAGAUUGAAGAACCAGGCAGUGUUUGUCCACUCAGUGCCUGUCCACUAAAACGGCAAAGUGGACCUGUGUGUAAAGCUUGCAAGGACAACCCAAACAAGAAGUGCCGAGUUUGUGCUUGCCACAUCUGUGGAGGAAAACAGGAUCCAGACAAACAGCUCAUGUGUGAUGAGUGUGACAUGGCUUUCCACAUCUACUGCCUCAACCCUCCCCUCAGCAGUAUACCAGAUGAUGAGGACUGGUAUUGCCCUGAGUGUCGAAAUGAUGCGAGCGAGGUGGUUUUAGCAGGAGAGAAAUUAAAAGAAAGUAAAAAGAAACAAAAGAUGGCAUCUGCUAAUUCAUCCUCACGGAGAGACUGGGGCAAGGGCAUGGCGUGUGUUGGUCGCACGAAGGAAUGUACCAUCGUCCCUUCAAACCACUAUGGACCCAUUCCUGGGAUUCCUGUUGGCACCAUGUGGAAGUUCAGAGUCCAGGUGAGCGAAUCUGGUGUCCACAGGCCCCACGUAGCAGGGAUCCAUGGCAGGAGUAAUGAUGGUGCUUAUUCCUUGGUUCUGGCAGGUGGCUAUGAAGAUGAUGUAGAUCAUGGAAAUUCCUUCACAUAUACAGGGAGCGGAGGGCGUGACCUGUCUGGGAACAAGCGCACAGCGGAGCAGUCUUGUGAUCAAAAACUCACCAACACCAACAGGGCUCUGGCUCUGAACUGCAGUGCCCCCAUCAACGACAAGAAUGGAGCUGAAGCCAAGGACUGGAGAGCUGGGAAGCCCGUCCGAGUGGUGAGGAGUGUCAAAGGGGGCAAGCACAGCAAAUAUGCCCCUGUAGAGGGGAACAGAUACGAUGGGAUAUAUAAGGUUGUGAAAUACUGGCCUGAGACAGGGAAAUCUGGAUUCUUAGUGUGGCGUUACCUGCUUAGGAGGGACGAUGAUGAACCUGCUCCUUGGACCAAAGAAGGAAAGGACAGGAUGAAAAAGCUUGGCCUAACAAUGCAGUAUCCUGAAGGGUACUUGGAAGCUGUUGCAAACAAAGACAAGGAAAAAGAAAAUGAUGGAGAUGAUGAGUAUGAUACCCCGGGGAAAGGAAAGAGGAAAAGGAAAUCAGCAGGUGGGGAAGAAAAACUCGACCGCUCUCCUGCAGGGACUCCAAAGAAGACUAAAGUUGAGCCUUACAAACUGACAUCUCAGCAAAAAUCUCUUAUAAAAAGUGAUGAAGCCAAUGAAAAACUGUGGAAUGAAGUUCUGGAGGCGCUCAAAGACGGGCCGAAAUUCCUGAACAAGGUGGAAGAGGCCUUCCUGUGCAUUUGCUGUCAGGAGGUUGUGUUUCGGCCCGUCACCACCGUGUGCCAGCACAACGUGUGCAAGGACUGCCUGGACCGCUCCUUCAGGGCCGAGGUGUACAGCUGCCCAGCCUGUCGCUACGACCUGGGCAAGAACUACAGCAUGGAAGUGAACGAGCCCCUGCAGAGCCUCCUCACCCAGCUCUUCCCCGGCUACGGCAACGGGCGGUGAUUCUGGAAAGCACUUCUCCCUUUCUUUUCUUCAAACUUAUUCAUGGGUUUUCAAUGGGCUUAAUUUAAAACAAAAAAAAAGUAGUCUGUGUUCUCCC